AUGGAUGAUAUAAUGCUAAUUGACGUGGAUAAUCAGUUAAAUGCUGCUGCCAUCGAACAUCCUGAAGAACCAAACAUGAUUAGACAUGAAGAUAUGGACGUGGAGAAGAAAGGAGGUAGAAACUACCUUACCUGGACGGAUGAAAUGGAUGAAGCAAUGCUGAAUGUGUUCGUGGAGCAUUACAAUAGAGGGGAUCGUGCUCAAAAUGGGUGGAAGCCACAUGUUUACACUGCAGUUGUCAAGAAUGUUCGAGCCAAGUGCAAUGUGGAUAUCACAAAGGAGAAUGUCAUAUCAAGGUGCAAGACUAUUGAUAGACACUAUGUCAAUGUCAGCAAGAUGUUGUCAACGAGUGGUUUUGGGUGGGAUUGGAUCCAUAACAAGCUUAUGGUUGAUAGUGAGGACGUGUGGAGAAACUAUGUCAAGGCAAACAAAGAUGCAGCAUGCUACAGGCACAAGGUCAUAAAGUUUUGGGACUCUAUCAGCCUUGUCUUCUCGAAGGAUCAUGCCACCGGAACCGGAGCCAGAACUGCUGGUGAAAGUGCAGCGGAAAUGGCUGCAGAGAAUGUCAACAACAUCAACACUGAUUCUGCCGCAACAUCUUCAACCCAAACCGGCGAGGAACAGAAGAGGAAAAGAUAUCGAUUGGAUGACUCAAUUGCAUCUAUGCUUGGAGAGAAAUUGGAUAAUUUUACCAGUGCCUACAAAGCUGAUAUCGCUCAAGUUGCUCCUCCUGAGAAACCCUCCUCUCCUGAAGAAAUACUUGACGCUCUCAAUGCAAUUGUGGGACUGGAUGAUGAUGGCUUGCUAGCAGCUUAUGAUAUCCUCAUAGCAGAUGACCGCAAGUUCAAGGCUCUUAUGGCGCUGCCUGAAAGGAUGAAGAAGAAAUGGAUCCUCAAGCAAAUCAACCAAUGAAGGAAAUUUUGGGUGAAGUGUGAUGUUGAACGAACAGAACGAAGAAAUGAAGAUCCUUGAGCAAUGAAAAUCUUUCUUGGAUGGUGCUAAUAAUGCAAAGAUUCAGUUUUUAUGUAACCUUGACUAGAUUAUGAUCAUUUGAUGUUGUUGUGAACCUUU